CAGGGUAUAAUGUAUCUGUGGCUUUAGCAACUGUUUGUCUAUAUUUAUCUUCAAAAAAUGACCAUUUGCUCUUUUCAAUUUCAAAAGCAAUAUUUGAAGUCGUUGGAAAACGUCUUCAAGAUUUUGGAAAUACUUUUGUGCGGCGGGUGUUGGUGUGUGAUUUAUCUCGGAAACGUAAUGGCGGAGAGUAACACAAUGCCAAGUAUUAACGACGAAGUGAUGGUAUUCACCUUAUGCUCGCUGCCUGCCUGGAUCCUCACCUGUCUGACUUAUGUGCUGUUCCUGUUCACUGCACCAAGAAAACAAACGAUGAUAUUCGAUUUGUUCCUGAACCUCGUGUUCUGCGCGGGUCUAGCUUUUGCGGUCGGUUUUGCCGGGACUAAAAAGGCUUUCUUGUGGCACUGCAUAAACGAAGACGGCGAGCAAGUGGACAUACACUACUGUAGCUCACCUGAUUUCCUAGAGAUCCGUAACGGAGGCGAAAACAUGGCAGUUCUUGUACUGGGAACACUCUCCGCUGCUGUAUAUUUCACUCACAUGAUCUUUAUGGCGGCGACGUUUUGCACGACCAACGCUCUGACAAUGCACGGAGACAACAGGGGCAUUUUUCAAUCAGUAACGUGACGAGAUUUCCCAUAAAUAUAAGCUAUUCCAAUAGCAUGUUGUUACAAAGUAACAUAUUUAUCGUAUCGUGUUGUACCACAUGCAUUUCCAGACGUUUUUUUAGAUCCUGCUGCUAAUGCCUCACUCGCCUUGUGUAACAAGAAAGUCCCAAAAAGGGGCGUCUUAUUCUAUAUACUUUGAGUUUGGCCAUAUCUUCAGCAUUUCUAUACGAACAUAACCGGUGAUACACAAUUCCUGAGCACACAAGAAAAAUUCCUUGCAAUCCGUGACAUGGGGCACGAUGGUCGUUCCAUUCUAUAUAUUUCUUAUUCGUUGUUGGGUAUACUGCCGAUUUUACGAGACGAACGCCUACUACUCGUGGGUUGAAUCAUGUUUGUCGUGUAAAUAAAACUUCACGUAACAAA